AACUGAAAAUUGGUGUGUGGAGUAAGGGGUGACGAAAGAAAUUCCAAUUUUGUGUUAAAUAUGUGACUUGAUCUACGUACUGCAAACGGAAGAACAACGUAAAUAAACAUGAAGUCGGGAUUCCGGAAUACCCAAUGGGAUCCGAUCAUAUUGAUAUCACAAAUUAUUGCCAUGCAAUGUUUGCUGUAUGUCAGUUUGGGUCUGUUGAUGUUUUUUAUGGAUGAAAUUGCUGGAGCUAAUCACACGUUGGAUCAUCUGUUCCAGUAUCAUGAAAUACACGUGACUGAUGUCGGUGGGCGCUUAGUAAUUUUAGCUUUCGUUUUGAAUUCGAUGAUCGGGGCGCUAGCUCUCUGGUUCAUUGUCCGUCGCACAAAACUAUGUCUGGACUUUUGUUGUACGUUCCACAUAUUCCACUUAUUCGUAUGCUGGUGGUUCAAUUCAUCAUUUCCAUGGACAUUUUCGUGGUGGUUGCUGAAUUGUGUGUGUGCAACAAUUAUGUGUGCUCUCGGUGAGGUUUUGUGUUUGAAAACGGAAUUGAAGGAAAUUCCAGUUGGUUAUUCGGCUUUAAAUACGAAGGCAGACUUAUGAGUAUGUCGAUACGAGUCAUUGUACUAUUUAAUUAGGAUGGUAAGGACUGUUGAUGUGAUUUCCGAAGAAGAAAAUCAAUAAAAAACGAUAAAAAAAGAACUUUUUGUUCGGAUUGUUUAAUUGACUAUGGAAUGAUUCAACAAAACCUUUUCUUUUUUUGUAAAUAUAUUGCGCAGAUGCGUUAAUACUUUUCCAUUAAUUUUUUUAGUUAAUAGCCCGCAUAAUUUAAGCUUUACGUUUCAUUAAUUAUUU